GUACCGGUCCCUGAAAGAGCAGGAUGUCACUGGCAACCCCAACACGGUGACGGCCAGGUGGCUGCCGCAGUUGUCGCAGAAGAUCUAUGAUAUAUUGGAGUUGAUGAUGUAUUUAUUAACGGCUUUGGGAUGGCAGACCUCACGACCGAGAUUGAACAGAACGGAGGUUAGAUUUGCUGGAGUCAUUUCCACCGUGUCGAUGUAG